CAUGCGGAUCCGGGCCGGACAGGGAGCACGGCAGGGGAUGGCGGCGGACGACCUGCAGGAGCUGCUGGCGCUGGUGGAGCGGGCGGGCGGCCGGCGGGCAGUACUGCUGGUGGCCGAGGUGGCGGAGGGGGCCCCGGCGGCGCCCGCGCUGGCCGCCUUCGCCCGCGACCUCCUGGACGACGAGGCGCCGCGCGCAGCGUGCCCGGGGCCGGUGCCGGGGUGCCGGGCGAGGCGGUCGCCCGGCGCCGGGGGCCGGGCGCUGGGAGCGCGGCUGCUGCUGGUGCUGUGCGGCGGCGGGGCGGCGCGGGACCGCGGGGCGCGUACUCGCCUGCGGGAGGUGGUGCGGGACGUGCGCGGCCGCCUGCCCGCGGGGCCGCCGCCCGCCGUCGUGGGCGUCCUGCUGCCCGGCGGGGACGGAGAGGACGCGGCGGUGCUGGACGCCGCGCUGAGGCGGCACUUCCCGGCGCCCGGCACGGUGCAGGCGGCCCGGUACAGCCCGGGCAGCCCCGGCGAUUGCCGUGCCGCCGCCUGCCGCGCCCUGCGGGCUGCCCUGCAGCAUGCCGCAGAAGACAUGAAAGACAGGGAGAGGUGGAGGCUGCCAUCCUUCCUGCAGUGCAUUUCUUGGAACCAGAGGAGCUGGAGGAAAGAUUACAAAGCAAAAGCUGAAAACAACAUUCAUGAAGAUGACCUGCAGGACCCUGAGGAAGAAGUGGCUCUGACCAGCCUUUCCCCCAAUGGAAACUGUGAAGAAGCUGCUGGAGGCACAGGCACCUAGAGCUGCUGGGCAUCCAACACAGUCCACAUCCCAGACCUGCCCAGUGGAUUUGGAGCAAUGGGAGGAGGAGCUGGUGCAGGCCCUCUCCUCCAAGGGCCCACAACUCCAGGGAAAAACUGCUUGGCUGAACUCAUCAGGGUUUUUUUAGCUGCCGCCAGCACAGAGGGUCUGUGCCAGAGAGCCAUUCCCUGCUGACCCAGGGCACUUGGAGCUGCUGCUGGACACUGGGCUUCUGAGAAGCCCUUUGGGAUGUACCCCAUGCCCUGGGCAAUAUGACAUUGGGACUUCAAGUGUGAAAUGCAAGCCACCUGUUUGAAGAAUGAGAAACAUGUUCUAAUUCUGAGCAAAGUUCCCCGCUGAGGUUGCUGGGGCUGGCCUCCCUGGCAGACUGAUCCUGCGAUCCUGCGACCUUGUUUUCCUACUUUAUUGGUGCUUGGAAAGAACAGAAAAAAAACCCAAACAAACAAACACAACAACAACAACAACAACAAACAAAACAAACAAAAAAAAAAAACACCAAAAAAAAACCAAACUCCAACCAAGUAACACAGUGGCUUGGAUACUGCAGUGGGACUGAAUAUAACAGGGUAACAUGAAGAAUGCAGUAACAGCCCAGCCUGAGGGGCAAGAAUAACAUGAAGGAUACUGAUAGUACUGGCAUAUAGAUCAGAGUGGGGGUUGAGAGCAGGAUCUGUCCCUCUGGCUUGUCCUGGUGUUCAUAGGCUGAGGGAUGCCUGGGGUGGAGGUGUGGCAUGUGGGUACUAAGGUGUGGCUGCUGCUAGAUGGGGCUACAGGAGGGGGCCAUCUUACCUGUGAGAUCUCCACAGGCACGGUGGCACAUCUUGGAGGUGGCCUGCAGCACAACAAGAGGCAGCUAUUUCAUAAAUAAACAUAAAAAUAUAAAAUUUAUCUAUUUAGUAGUUCCAAAGGGUUGCCUGUAGCCUGUGGGGCAACACAACUAACCAGAAAUCCUUGGUUUACAAGGAAUAUUACUCUAAUGUUAAGAAUAUCUUUCAAAUUCUUCAUGCAGCAUAAAAGAGGUCUUGUUUUAUUUUGAGCACAAGCUUGGGGCUGGCUUUCCUUUAGGAGUUUCCUGCAGCUCAGAUCAGAAAUUUCAACCUGCCUACCUCUACUUUGGGUUAAUUGCCAAAGUGCAUCCUCUGUGCAUGUCUGUCCUCUCUCUUUCCCCCCACUGGCAGCAGAAGUGUCUGGAGUCCUGCCAGCUCUGGCCAGCACUCUACCCCAGCAGCUUGCCUUUGGCAUCCCUCUAGCUCUUACCUGGAGCAGGGCAUGCUGCUCUGCAGAGAGGGCACUGACCCACUCUCCUUCCAGCCUCCAGGAUUUCUGUGCUUAUGACCUGUGGAAAACACAAAUGUAACCAAGUGACUUGGUGUGGAUGGCUGUGUUACUGACCCCAAAUUUCAUCACUGAGCACUCAGUGCAUCUUGGUGAGAUUGAGGUUCCCUCCUGCUCCAUCCCUGCACAGCCCAGGUAGCUGCACAGGUCUGUAUUUCCCAGUAAAGCCCUUGGUUAGGUGAGUCAAGCAGGACUCACCAGGAGGAAUCAUUAUUUUCUUGCAGCAUUUAGCCUUUGCUGCUAAGCAUUCUCCAAUGAAGAGGUGGUCCAAGAGCACAGACUGGCAGUUAAACCUCCCUUAGUGCUGCAAAUCCACUGGAUUUUUUUACUGGUAAUUUUUAGGUAAAUCAUGCAAGUUUUAUCCUGGCAAGAGACUGGUGGAAGUGAAUGACCUGCCUGGACCUUAGGGGGUGUGAGUGAGAAUACAUUUGACCAAAAUUUUUGCUUUUCUUUGACUGAGGAAUAAAAGUGACUUGAAUUACUUUUUUUUUUUUUUUUAGUUUUUCUCUUUUCACUAUCCGUGCACUUGGAGGUGUAAGCAGAUAGUUUUACAUGUUUAAUUGAUUGAAUAAUUUAAGGGCAUAUUACGUGCUUGUUGAAUAAAAACAAUUUCCAGAUUGGAAUGUG